UACGCGAAACUCAUUUGCUACGCGUUCGUCUAGCACGUGCGACCACUGUUCUUCGCGCAGUGACCGUUGUGCGCGCGGCGUCUUUAGCUUCUCCAUUCUCAUUCGGCACGCACACUCCAACGGACUUCUAUACAUCCACUAACGAGAAUCCUUUAAUAUCAAGUCGAUCAUCAUGGCAGAAGAAUAUCUUUACGGAAUCACUCUCGAAGGACUCAAUUCUAGCGAGGUAUGGGAUCCAGAACACAAGAACGACGAUGCAGACGGCACGAACCAACAUUUCGGUGCCGAUCAGAAGCUUAUCAUAAAAAUGGCACUUUUAGGUCCCGAGGCUAAAUCCGGGGAGCUCAAUGUGCUACAGGUAGAAGCAAUGGGUUUGAAAGGACCCAUUAAAACACCAAUUGCGCUGUUGGAGAUGGGAAAAACAGCACAGAUUAUCCUGGACCUUAGUUUUCCCGACCCUCCAGUCACGUUUACUUUGAUUAAAGGCAGUGGCCCUGUUCACAUAGUAGGACACAAUCUUCUUGGUACACACAUGGAAGAAUUUGAUGAUAUGGAUGAUGAGAUGGAAGAAGAGAACAUCGAUGAUGACGAUGAUGAUAAGGCACCGCAAAAGAAACGAAAGCAUUCUGCAGAGGGUAAAAAAAAUGGCACGAAGCGUGCCAGGAUGGAUGAAGCUGUAGACAAAUAGAAUCGAGCCAGAAGACGAGGAAGAUGAUGAAGAUGAACCCAAGAAGAAGAACGCCAAAUUAACAACUGCAGCCAAAUACAAAAAUCAAGCUAAUAAGAACAAGAAAAAAUAAGCAUGAGCCUUAAUACUAAUGGAAAUACAACAAACUUUUAAGUUAGGCUAAUAAGCGUAAGUCCAUCAUUAUCAUCCGCAUUUGUGCGAAUCUAGUAUCGUUUCACCAGAUUAUCAGACGACAAACGUUGCCUUCCACGUUUCUACGACACAACUGGACCAAUGAAAUAGUAUAACGUGUAACAUUACAUAGUAUAAAAUGAAUAAUGGCAAGUUUUAUUGGUCCAUAGCCAUUUUAAUUAAGUAAUGUAAGGUUUAACAUAGAAGAAAAGUGAGAAUUUUCUAUUCGAAGAUUUCUCUGUAUGCCUUAGAAGAAUGAUCCCUGAAACAGAUUAGACGAAUUUCGUGGAAUAUUAAAAACGUGAAUCAAAUAUUAUUUUUUUGACUAAAUUUUAUAAAGUUCGAAGGGCAUUCUUCUGAGAGCUAAACGCACAUAGUAACUUGUUCUAUCUCGUUCCAAUGGAAUUAUCAAGGAAAAAAAAAAUAAAAAAUGUGAUCAAAAUUAGUAAGGAGUUUGCGAGGCAGUGCAAGAAUACCGUUUUCUACGUGUGAAAGUGAACAUAAACAUUUGGCCCAGUUGUUGUUAAUAAAAUAAGUGGAAAGCACGGACGGACCUACAGUGAGGUGUAUUUGUAUCAUUUCCUUUUUUGUCUUCUCCGAUGCCGUGUUCACACAUCGACACUUCCAGUGAAUUGAAGCUACACUAUUCUACCGUAGUCAUGUAAACGCGAUUCAGAAAAACGAACUACUACGCUCUUUAAACAAAAUGCAAAGAUAACGUUCCAGUGUAAUUUAUUAUUUUCGUGUGUACAAGAUGGGGAAAGGGGUAAUAGUCACAAGAAACCCUUAUUACUAGAAUGUUAUUAAUGAUUGUAAAGAGGAAAAAAA